AUGACCUCGGACACUGCAAACCAAGCCCGCAAAUUAUUGAAGGCUUUGCAUGACGUCGAAAUUUUGCAUGGCGGCGUGGCGGCCUCUAACUUCCUCUUUGAAGAAUCAAGUCAGAAAGUCCACCUCAUAGACUUGAGUGCUUCCAUUAGACUUCCGCAUAUCUCAAUCUCGAAGCAGGAACUGCAAGACAGACAGCAGAAGGAGAGACUGGCUCUGGAAGUUGGGUUUUCAUUGCUCUCAGAAAAUCCCAUCAAUCAGGGUGUUUGCGUUGCCGAUUUCACCGGUUUCGACGUGGAGUCCAAGAAGAACAGCGUCGCUGACGCACGUUUUAUAAAGCACCUUUUGGACUUCACCCAAACCUACUCGCUGGCAGCCGGUGCCACCCUAGUCGCAGCCGUGGCCACUUCCAAGAUCCACCAAAUCCAAGUUCUCCCAACCAAGAUUCUACUCUCAGGAAUGGCAACUGUGCACGAGAACAGCCGCCUCAUGCUCUAUCUCUUUGGCACGAUGGCGAAUGCGCUUGCGGCUGCUAUCUGGGAUCCAUUACGAUAUUGCAGCUCAAAGGAGUUGUCUCGACUCGAUGAGAGAUUUGAUUUCGCGCAGCAAGAUGUGACUUGCCUUGUUUUUUGGACAGGCGUGCCGCCUGAGCUUGCCCGACGAUGGGCAGAGGAACACGAUCUGUCGACAUUGACUCUCGCAAUGGGUCCCUUAUAUAACGAUCGCAAUCCAGGUAGUGUGAGAUAUG